AUGCAAUGUUCAAUUGACGACAAGUUUAUAGAAAGAAAAGACGGGGAAAAGACGCAAGAACGGAAGAUGAUGUCAGAGGAACAAAGGCUACCCGAACAGUGCCCGCAUAUUGAGCACUGUAAGAGGAGAAGUUGCAGUUCAUCAUGGAACACUAAGUGCCUUGAGUGUAACUAUGAUCAAAUCCUGUUCAAGAAAACACAGGGCGACACAAAAUGUGAACCAAUUCCUCAGAAUUUAACACUACUUCUAGAAAAUUCACCAAGCAAAGACCAAGAUCUAACUAACAAUGCAGUUACUUUAAAGUGUACUACUGGGUGUAUUUUUCCAACUCCAUCAUUUAUAUGGUAUUAUUUGCAGUCGUCCGAUGAAUCUGGAUCUAAAUGGUCAAAUUCAGAGCCUGUCACAGAAACGCCCGGGCAAUGUAAAGAAUCAAAAAAGAUAUUCACCUCUACUUUAGUACUUCGAAAAUACACGGUGUUUAAUGACAAUACUGACCAUACCGUCAGGUUCCAAUGUGGUGCAACGAUUAUAAAUGGUACCUCUGGUGAAGUUAAAACACAUUCAUCUGUAAAUAUCAGAUUUGCCGUUAGAGUGGCGAAGGUAUCGCUUAAGAUUGGAAAUAGUUCUAGGGUCAGUUCUCUAAACGUUACCGAUGGUAUUUCGGAAAUAUUCAAAUGUACAACUAGCGAUAGCAGACCAUUACCUACAAUUGUAUGGCAUAUAGGACAGACAGAAAAGAAAAGAGUUGUCGGUACGGAAUCAACCCUUGCAUUCAUACCUAGUAUUACGGAUAGUGGCAAGGAAGUGUAUUGCAAAGCUUUCAAUAUUCAGCCAGAAAAUGAAGCACUGUCUUCCAACAAAGUUUCUCUCUAUGUUAAAGAGCGUGCGUCAGUGCAUUCGUUAUAUGUUGAUGAACAUGUUGGUGAAACAAACGUUACGAUCGACGAGAAUUACGUUAACUUGCAACUUACGUGUAACAUAAGCGGUAACCCUGCAUCAAGUGUGGAAAUUAAGUUCGAAGAGAAAAGUUUAAUUGAAAAGGCUAACAUAAACGAAUUGAGAUUUGUUCGUCACAGAGUGGCUUGUUUCCACAGGGGUGAAUAUAUAUGUGUAGGAAAAGAUGAAUUGGGAGUUAUAACAAAUAAAACACUCAAUUUGUUUGUCAAUUGUCUUCCACGGCUUGAUUGGCAAGCAAUUUCGAAUACAACUUGCUCUAUUGGCGCGCCUGUUACAUUAACAUUUACUGCUAGUGCAUAUCCAACGCCAAGUUCUGAUGGUUUCAAAUGGUACCAAAAAAUCUCGAAUGAAUGGAUACCAUUACAAAGUAAUAAGGAUGUACAAAUAUCUGUAAUAGGACUGGAAACAAACCUAAAGAUUUUUAAUGUAACGCAGGCAAACCCAGGCCAAUAUCGAUUAACAGUUGAAAAAAGCAUCGGAAUAUAUAACCAGUAUUAUUUCCUUAUUGAAAAAGAUGACCCCAGUGUUGAUGUUGGCAUAGAAACUAUGGUCAGUAGUAAUUUCAAAACUGCCACAAUAGUAUUGGCAAUAAUUUCUGUUAUAUGUGCUGGUACUUCAGCUGGCAUCGUGAUUUGGUUUAAACGAAAAGCCAAAGGAACAGAUAGAAAAUCAUGCACUAAAUCGUCGCAUCAAAGCCAAAUUGGUAGCUUUGACAAUACAUCAUACGAAACCGAAAUGCAGCAAUGUACCGGACGUGUAUACGAGAAUCUAUCGUUACAACAUGCUGAUUCAAGGGCGUUUUCUACAGACGACAUGACAACAUAUGAUGUUAUAGAUAAAAGCUAAUAACAUUCAAGUACAGAAAUGUCUUUAAACACUGUAUCAUAGAGAUAACAUUACCACUAUCCCAAUAUAGCCAAUGCUUAAGCUGCUAUUGAUCGUGUGAUCACCUUGUAUGUGUCGUCUAAACUUGUCGGGUGGUUUUAGUCCUAAAAUUAAAUAUCCUUACUCGUAUAUCUAAGUGAGAAUGACAUAUUUUAUGUACGGAAUAUUCUUUUUGAUUAAUUGCUUUGCGAAAGCAUUUAAAUGUUGACCUUUAGUGAGAAAUGAAUUUGUCAUAUUUAAUGAGUUACUGCAGCAUUUCCUUUAUUUAAGAAAGGAGGUUUUGUUUAAAAUCAAAACCAAACGAAUGAAAACGGAGUGCUGUUAUUGAAAGUGUGUAAGCGUGUAAAAAGUGUUCGCGCAAAGUCAUUACGAAGGCAUUUCAUACAGAUUAAAUUAACUAAUACCUAAUAGCAUAAUAUUGCAUAGAUAAUUCUAUCUGCUUAAAGCAUAAAAACAUCAUUGGAAAAUUCAAACUUUUCAAGAACAAGUGAUUUUACAAAUUCAUGA